GCUCGGCGCGAGCCGCUCUCCGUGCGACGUCGAGCGGACGCCGGCUGUGAGCGGCAGGGCAGUGACGAGGGCUCCGCUGCCGGGCAGGCGACGGGGCGUUCCGGCUGCCUGUGCGCCGGGGCGCCGUCAGUGAGCACCCCCAAGGCCCUGGUGGCGUGCCAUUUGUGAGAGGUGCAGACCGGGCGCUGGAACGCGCGCGUGUGUGUGUGUGUGUGUGUGCGUGUGUGUUUGUGUAACGCGGCGUGGGAGGGGGUCGUGCACCGGCCUGAAUAGCUACAGGUGAGCCACGCAGCGGGUGAAGGUUCGGUACACCGGCCUGGACAGCCACAGGUGAGCCCCACAGCAGCUGAAUAUUCGGUACGCUGAGCCACUCUUAAAUGGAAUAUUUAUAUAUAAUGUUGUGUCGCAUAGUGAUUCAGAUAGUGUUUGGAUUCCUGGGACAAAAUAGCCGCAUUCGGUGGAGAUUGAACUUUGACGUCAAAGGGUAGAAAAGUGUUCAAACUCAUUUUGUGCGUCUUCCAUUGGCUUGUUGCGAAGGAGAUCUCCAGGCAAAAAGCCCAUAGCAGUGCUCCACUUUGGAUUUUCCUCAGGAAUUGAAAUGAAGCGGACAAAGAUAAGACCAUGCAGACAUGUGGAGUUCGCCACCUUUGAAUGUUGCCAGAACAUGAACAAUGUAUCUGAAGCGUAGCAACCAUUUCAGACUCGCCUGCAAAAGGUCCAGACGCUGACAGCCGCUCAACGAGUGGUGCGAACAGCGAGACCAGGUUCCCGGGGGACUCCGCUUCAUUGUCACCGUUCACCUUUUUACGAGCUCCUUCGCCCGCUACGGCGUUCUCCGCCUGUCUCCCAUUGUCAUCCGGUCGUAUGGAGCCCUCCCGUUCGUCCUCAUCGGCGUCGACGCCGCCGCGGGCCGGGCCAUCGCCAGCGCCCGCCAGGCCACGUACCAAGAUGACAGUGCGCGAGAUCAAGCCAGACGCUUCCAACGGUGAGGAGGUGAGCGCUGACGUCGCCUUCAUGAUCAAGCUGAAAACGGCGCGGGAGGCGACCGGCGAAGGCGACGACCUCAGCACGCUGGCGCCCUCCGAGUGUUCAGCGCUGACGGACACCAGCGGCGGCACGGACACCGACACGACGCUGGUGGACGAGAGAAACCAGGAGCUGGAGGGGCGGAUCGCCUCACUCGACAGGGAAGUCGAGAUGCAGAAGAAGAAGAUCGAAAGGCUAGAGCGUAAAAAUAGUGAGCUGCUCAAGAAGCGGGUGAGCUUCGUGCUGGAUCCCGAGCAUGAGACGGACGUGGCUAAGCUCCAGCAGGCGACCCACGAGGUGCCGUCGACCACUGAAGAUCUGGAGGACAAAAUGAGCUCAGAGCUGCUGAUGGCGGGGAUCGGUAGUGAUGCCCAGUUCAAAGCAACGCGUGCCAGUAUUGAUCGCGUGAUCAUUGACCUGAAAAUGCGCCUUUCUAAAGCGGAGUCACUGGUAGAGGACUUACAAGAGGAAAAUGAUGAAUUGAGACACGAAAUGAAAGAGAUGGAGGACGAAAUGGAAGAGAUACAGGAUAGCUUUUGCGAGGAUCAGGUCGAGGAAUAUCACGAUCUGAGAAAGCAGCUGGAGCAGGCAAACAAAAAUGGUCGGAUUGUCCAGUUUAAGCUCAGAAAGGCGGAGCGGGCGAUGGAGGAGCUUCAAAAAGAGAAGGACUCACUGGAGGCUCAGGUGAAGACCUUCAAAAAUCCUAGCAAUGGAACGUCACCAGAAUUAGAGGUGCUACAAAGAGAACUCAAAGUUGCUAGAGACGUCUCUUUAAAGCUGGGUGAAGAAGUGGAAAUGCUCCGAAAUCAAAGUAAAUCACCUGACAGCAAAACGCCGGUUCAGAGACAGCGCUCCGCCAGUGACGAGAGCCAACUGCUGCGGGAUCUGGAGGACACCAUGGAGCGCGAGGCCGACCUGCGCGAGCAGCUGCGCUUCGCCGAACAGGAGGCGCUCGAGCUGCGCAAGAAGCUCGAGCGCGUCGAGGAGGAGAAUGAGACCAUUGCAGUUCAGUUGAAGAAGAUGGCCAGCAAGGGUCGUCGACAAAACUCUCAGGACAGAGCCCUGUCCAGCGAGGGGGACGAAGGGAUCGCAGAGGACCUCGAGGAGCUCUCGCCGCACGAGCUAAAGAUUCAACUGGAGCUGAAUGAAAGGGAGACAACCGCUCUUCGGCAGAAGGUAGACCGGGUAGAACAAGAAAAUGAGACUCUGCGUCGUCAAAUCGGCGAGCUUCAGCAAAAACCGCACCCUCCAGCCGCUGCCGAGAAACUUCCAGCUGCCAGCGUGCAAAGCCCCAACGCUUACUACGAACAGAAAAUCAAUGUGCUUGAGGAGGAAAUGAACCAAGUUCGCAAGAAGCUGAUAGACAAGGAGCGGGAAAAUGACAUACUUAAAACGGAGUUGGAGAUGCACCACAAAAAGGCAGGCAAGCCUCCUUUCUCAAGAACCAGGUCCUUGGAGCUGAACGAGUCAGGCAUUCUGGUACGAAAGCGGCAGCCAGCUUCAUCAAAGCCACAGGACAAGGAUGAACUUGCAGUGAACGAGAGUUUAUUGGUCCUUAGUGCAUGCACUACCAAGGCCGACAGCCCCCAGGCGGAAAUGGACGAAAUGGAGCGACGAAUAAAGGAGUUGAAGGAGCAGCAUGAAAAUGAUGAGCGUCUUGCAAAUGAGCGUCUCAAAAAAGUGCAGGAAGACCAUCAAAAAGAAAAGGCUGAAUGGGAAAAGGCCAAGAUUACAACACUAGGAAAUGGAGCAUCUCCUAAAAGAAAAAUUCAAAGACUCGAGCGAGAGUUCGCUGAUCAGAAGCAAGAAUGUGAAGACCUGGCUAGGAAGUACACACUGCUGGAGGAAGAUUACGUCGUCUGCAAGGCACAGCGUAUGCUCGAAAAGGAGCAAUUCGAAGGGGAGUUCACGGUGCUGAAGCACGAAUACGACACGGUGAAGAAGGAGCUGCAAACACUGCGUGAAACGUACAACACCAGAGAAGACCAGUGGUUGCGAGACAAGUUGUCCAUGGAGGACAAGGUGAGGGAGGCGGAGAAGCGAUGGGGUCGUGCGGAGGAGAUCUCCUGGAAGCUGGAGAGGUCGCGCCUGCAGGACACACUCCGAAACAUGACCGACGACGUGCAGCGGCUAGAGAAAGCCGAGCUCUCGCUCAAAUGUGAGAUCAAGGCCAUCAAAAAAGAGGCCGACCGUCAGCUGGAUGCAGAACGAGUAGCCAACAGCAAGACGGUCGAGGAAGAGAAACGGUCUCGGGAGGAAGAAGCUGCUGCUGCCAGACAACAGUUAGAGCAGCUUCAGGAGGACCUGGUGGAGCUGAGGAGUGCGCACGCCAAGCUACGGGAGACCAGCCGCAGGGUGAUCCGGGAGCGAGACAGGGCAGAGCGUGAGCGGGCAGAGCUGCUCGGCAGACACCGGCAGCGCCUGGACACUGACCGGGAGCAGGAGGGCAGGCUGGCGGCGAUCAUGGGACAGAUUGAAAAUUUGAACGGAAUCGUUCCGCUUUUGACAAAAGGCUCAAAGCUUCAUGGUCAACGAGCGAAGGACAUAGAUCAGCUGCAGACCGUCGUCACGGACCUGUCUAACGCCGUCAGCGAGCUCAACACCGCCUCCAAAGGCCCUGCCGAAGUUCCGAUCAGCUGUCCGAAAGAGAGGCGCCAGAAAAGCUACCGCAGGUCGGCCUCGGCGGGCACGGCGUCGGUCGAGACAGGUCAGGGCUCGGAGCCCAGCCUGGGCUCCUCCUACUGGGGCUACCGAUCCCCGUACCCCGCCUUGGGCCCAACCAGUCGCCUUGGCGCCGGCCUGGGGCGCAAGGCCGCCUCCAUGGGGCUCCAAGGCAGUUCGCAGGAUUCAGUGUACCAGCGAGACGACGGAUCGGUUGAAUCGCUUGGACCGUUCCAUUGUCAAACCCUGCCCAGGAUUAAGCUGCAAAGCGACACGAGCUUCGACAGAGUAUCAACCGAGUCCACACAGAGUGAGAUUAUAGCUGGGGCGCCGCCGGUUAAGAAGAAAGGCGCCCUCAGAGGCCUGCUGCGGAGCUGGGGCAGGUCCAGAAGCGAGGAGGGCGCCAACUCAGACCAGCAAACCUCUCAGUCUUCAGAGCAGGCCUCCGCACGACUGGACUCGGAGGCGGAGCGGCCGUCGUCCCGGGACUCGCACCAGGCACAGGCCGGGCCCAGACUCCGGCAGCGCAUCAGUCAGCUGCUCAGGCCCAUGUCGCCCUCUACCGCGCGCAGGGUGGAGCCAUCAGCGGAAGUCGGUAUCACCAGUGCCUCCAAGCGUGAUUCGUCAGCCACAACAAAGGCUGUCACUGCCCCACCGUCCCCACUGCGGAACGUGCCGGAGGUCGUCCACACACCACCAUCCCCAACGGACACAGCGGCGGACCCUGAGCGGCGUGGCCGGUUACCAGUGAGCUCCUCCGGGGGCGCGAAGACCGCCAAGAGGUCACCGAAGCGAGAGACACCGAAGAUUGUCAUCAGUCCGGCCUCCCGGAAGCCUCCGCUGCUGUUCAGCUCCUUCAGCCGGGCGCGCGCCAAGUUUGAGUCGUGACGCGCCGAGAUUGGGUCGUGACGCGCCGAGAUUGACGUGUAGCGCCAUGUUCGGAUCAGCCACAUCCAGUUUCAGAUGUGCUGCGCAGAUUUUGAGUCAUGGCGCAUAGAAUUCGAGUCGUUAGUGCGGCGUUUGAGUUGUGAGAUGUUCGAUUAGGGCCAAUGUGCGCCGAGCUGAGACGCACAGCACGCCAUUUGGUUGCGUCCAGGUUGUGCGACGCACGGAAAUGGGCCAACGUGCAACCAUUGUUCCGUAUACCUGCUAUGCAUCCAUGGACUGCCACCUUGCUACUGAAUGUCUCGGCAUUACCACUAUCUACCGUCGGUGUGGAGGAUGAAAGCGGCUGCUGGUUUUCUGAAUGUUAACUUUUACCUCGAAGUGUUGUUGGCGUACCGUGUCAGUGCAAUAGCUUAUUAACCGGCGGCUUCUGUUUGAAUUCGUAAAUAAAAGAAGUGUCCGCGUCUACGUAUUCACUACUCCCUGACAGAUUAAGUAUGAUUUAAGGUGACGUGUGGGUGGUGUUUCGAGGGGAUCACGCUCCACUUGCCGAGCCUUGCCCACCUGUGGAGGUUGCAUUGUUUUGUGUACAUGACCUAAACCUUAGUGAAAGCAGUGUUCUAGAAUUGCCGACUUUGGGUGUAAAGCAACACCAUGAGGACAAAUCUUUCACUCCUUUUCCCCAUAUUUUACGUGAAUUUUUCACUCCUGCCUGAUAUUGUCUAAUCGCACAUGCCAACCCCUUUUUCUCUUUCUGAGGUUUUCAAAUGUCAUCUAACACCGAAUUCACUUGAAACCACCAGGUAUAAACGAAGCUCCACAGAACCUGGACACCUAUGGCUGUGUUCUGCCUCA